CAAAGUCUCCAACCUCUUCUUUGUAAACCCUCUUCUUGUAAUCCAUUGUAACAUUAUUCGAUCUUUCACUUGUACAUAUAAUAUAUUAUUAAUCAGGGCACAUUCAUCUGAUUUUUCGAUCGGUGAUAAAAAUCAGUAUUGAUAUGGCGGCGGUUCCUCAAUUACCGGCUACAGUACAAAUUCCGGCGGCUGUUACAGCGUCGGCGGCGGCGGCGGCUGUUGGAGUAACGCCACCACCUUCUCCGAAUGUGGUGGGAGGAACGGGUAGUGGUGGUGCUGGUCAAUAUUCGCUGUACGUCGGAGAUCUGGAUACGGCGGUAGAUGAAGGACAAUUGUAUGAAGUUUUUAAUCAGGUUGCACCAGUGUUGUCUGUUAGGGUUUGCAGAGAUCAAUCACGGCGAGCGUCCCUUGGUUACGCUUACGUAAACUUCACUUCCACACAAGAUGCUACUACUGCAAGGGAGUUGUUGAAUUUUACUCAAGUGAAUGGAAAACCUAUGAGGAUAAUGUUCUCUCACAGAGAUCCUAGCUUGCGGAAGAGCGGCUAUGCUAAUGUGUUCAUUAAGAACCUGGACUCGUCGAUAGAUAACAAGGCUUUGCAGGACACUUUUGGUGCCUUUGGAACAGUUCUGUCCUGCAAGGUAGCUGUGGAUAGUAAUGGUCAAUCAAAAGGCUAUGGUUUUGUACAGUUUGAUCAGGAUGAAGCUGCUCAGAAAGCAAUCAAUCGAUUAAAUGGUAUGUUGAUAAAUGAUAAGCAAGUGUAUGUUGGCUACUUCAUUCGUGGUCAAGAAAGGAGAGGAAAUGUUUGUGAAAAAUUCACAAAUGUUUAUGUGAAAAACUUACCUGAAUCUACUAGUGAUGAAGAUCUCAAGAAACUUUUUGAAAAGUACGGCACCAUCACCAGUGCUGUAGUUAUGACAGACUCUAGUGGGAAAUCCAAGUGUUUUGGGUUUGUUAAUUUUGAGACCUGGGAUGCUGCAGCAUCUGCAGUUGAAGAACUGAAUGGUAGUUCAUUGAAUGAAAAUGUUCUGUAUGUUGGCAAAGCACAGAAGAAAUCAGAGCGGGAAGCAGAUCUUAGAGCCAAAUUUGAACAAGAACGAGCUAGUCGAUUUGAGAAACUAAAAGGUGCUAACUUAUAUUUGAAAAAUCUUGAUGACACUGUGAAUGAUGAAAAUCUGAAAGAACUAUUCGUAGAGUAUGGAACCAUAACAUCCUGCAAGGUGAUGCGCGAUGCAAAAGGGAGUAGCAAGGGUUCUGGAUUUGUUGCCUUCUCCACCCCAGAGGAAGCCACACGAGCAUUGAAUGAGAUGAACGGCAAGUUGAUAGGAAGGAAACCUUUAUUUGUCGCUGUUGCCCAGCGCAAGGAUGAAAGAAGAGUGUGGCUACAGCAGACACAUUUUGCUCAGCUGCGACCAACUGGGCUAAUGACUCCUCCUCCUGGAGGUAUGCCUGGGUAUCACACUGGGGCACCUCGACUUGCUCCUCCACAGGUCUACUUUGGUCAAGCUGUAGCACCUCAAGCUGCUGGAUUUGGCUACCAGCAACAAUUCAUGCCCGGACUUCGUCCAGGUGUUGGUCCAAAUUUCCUCUUGCCCUAUCAGUUUCAGCGUCAAGGACAACAUGGACGUAUUGGUGGAAGGAGGGGAGGAACUCCUCAUCAUCAGCAGCAGUGGAACCCCGGAAGGUUCAAUCCAAACGGACGAAAUGGCAUGUAUCCUAGCAUCUCUCAAGGUAUGAUGGGAUCAAUUAUGCAAGCACCAUUUGAUGCUUCUUCUGCUAUGACAGCUCCUCCCUUGGAUAUUCAACGCUCUAACCCAGUUCCACCGUCAACACUUGCUUCUUCAUUGGCCUUUGCUUCUCCAGAAGAUCAGCAUGCGAUGCUUGGAGAGCAGUUAUUUCCACUAGUGGAACACAUUGAACGCGAUCAUGCUGGUAAAGUUACUGGAAUGUUGCUUGAGAUGGAUCAGACUGAGGUGCUUCAUCUCAUUGAGUCCCCUGAUGAUCUUAAGGAGAAAGUCUCCGAGGCUAUGAAUGUUCUUCGCGUAGCGCCAGCUAGUGUUGGUGACAAGUUUGGAUCACUCACCCUCAAUGAAUGAAGCAACAGCGUCCCUAAAAUGGCCCGUAUUUUGGAAGGGGUGAUGGUGGGUGACUUAGGGAGCCUGGUUUUGUUAUGGGGUAUUAAAUGACAUUUUCUGUAGGUUUUUUAAGUUUUAGCAAAGAGCACUUCUUCUAGGAGUUUACUUUGCUCUUGAUUAUGUUUUAAUUUUAUCUUUUGUUACUUUCUAGACAUGUUUGCAAUUGAUGGAUUUGUUUUGUUUGAUUA